AUGUCUGGCUCAGUAAAUGCGCAAUACAUUCCCCGGUACCCGGUCCAUGAUGGCCUUCCCGACCCCGAGAUCCGGACAUUCAUCACCAACUUUUACAGAAUAUCCGACAACAAGGACCUGAAUGAGCUGUGGGUUGAUCAGUUCACCGAGGACGCGCAGAUAGCUGUUGGGCCUGCGAAGGCGACUGGGCGAGAGGACAUCCGCACAAUGCGCAACGGAAUGUGGUCAGUGGUACAAGAGAGGAGCCACACUGUUCAAAAGGUCUUCCCGGGACAAUUCAUUGAAUCGGCAGACAACAAGCGGGAGUGCGAGCUGAUGCUUUACGGCGAAGUGUCGUAUAAGACCAAGGACGGUGCCGCAAGCGCUGUUGCGUGGGCGGGGCACGGGACUGUGAAAAAGGUGCAGAACGAGCAUGGCAACGAGGAGUGGAAGUUUGCUGCGUAUUCCGUGUAUAUGCUGAAAUAGAGAGUAGUAGACUGCAUGAAAAUUGUCACAAAGUUUGUAGUGAUACCGCGUUUGACCUUAUACUGAGCUAUGCGCUUCUCCUCGUAUAUGUGAGGGAAUAUCUAGCUGCUGCUGGGUUGCUUGGCGCACAGGCCGUGUGACGUUAAUUGCUCAGCCAUGCGUCUAUCCACGGCUUCCGAGAGGCUUCAUUCAUGUUCACCAACGGUGUUUCAAGUUCAAGUGGGAAACAGCUCCUAAGUGUUACAGACAUGUUCACUCCGGAUUGUUCCCUGUGCUGUGCUACCCACCCGUGUUUACUUAACGUGCUGACGUUUUUGGUAGCCGUUUUUGCCUGCAAGCCUCUCCGAU